AUGUUAGUAGCAGAAUUCAAGCCUAACACAUCAAUACUACAUAAUAUGCUUGUGGGGUUAUGUGAACGAAAAGAUCUGGUUAAAAUCAGAGGGUUUAUGCAGAGUAUAUUGGAUCAUAAAUGGGGGAUUAACAUGUGUAUGGCUGAUAAGCUCGUGGGGUUUUAUUGUGAGUUAGAAUUAGUGAAAGAAUUGGAGUGGGUGCUAGAGAAGAUCAGGAAUACGAAUCUCGAUUUUGAUGUUGUUUCUCAAUUUCAUAAUGGUUUGAUUAGGGUUUAUGCUAAAUUGGAUAGAUUGGAUGAUUUGGAGUAUUGUAUUGGGAGAAUGUUGAAAGAAGGAGUGUCUUUUAGGUCACAUAAAGAUGUGGAAAUGGUGGUGUGUUGUUAUUUUCGUGGGGAUGCUUAUGAUAGAUUAGAGGUGUUUUUGGAUUUUAUAAAGGAUUCACAUAAACUUGCAAGAUCCACUUAUGAGUUGUUGGUUGCUGGUUAUCGUAGAGGUGGAUUAUAUGAAAAAGUUGAAUUUUUGAUUAAAGAUUUGGAUAAUGUUUGUUGA